AUCAAAUGAAUUGGAUUCACGAUCAGUGACUUCUCGGAAAAGUGGAUCGAGCAGUUCUGGUGGACAGUUAGACGCAGCUAGUCCGAGGUACCAGUUACCUGAACACUCUCAACUAAUAUUUUUCCUUUUAUNAUCGUCUCAUUUCAGGUCAAGUAAGUCUCCACAAGAUAGUAUACAACCAGAAGAAGACGAAGAGUUAGACUUGUGGUCGGUAUGGGGUGAUCUUGUGAAGAACUGGGAAAGUGAAAGUCGUAAAAGGCCAAAUUAUAUUAAGGAUUUGGCCAGACGAGGGAUUCCUCAACAUUUCCGAACGAUCGCAUGGCAGUUGCUGAGCAAUGCAGCUGUUUCGGCUGUUCACGAAAUUUAUUCUGAAUGUAUACGACAGUCGUCUGCACACGAAAAGGUGAUUCUUCGAGACAUUCCGCGUACUUAUCCGGAGUUGGAGUUUUUCAAAGACGGUGGUCGUGGGCAGCAGUCACUUUUCAAUGUGAUAAAAGCUUACAGUGUACAUGACAAAGAAGUUGGGUAUUGUCAGGGUAGUGCUUUCAUUGUUGGUCAGCUUCUCUUACAGGUAUUAUUCUUUGUUCUCGUUCCUCAAAUGAAGCGAUAUUUUUGUUUUGUCGGUUUUGUGAUCGCUCAGAUGUUAGUGCAUCUGUUGUUUAAGGGAAUGGAAUGUGUAUUCCGUAUAGCGAUGGCAAUCCUUCAGCAAGCUCGAGUUGAUCUCUUGAAACUCGAUAUGGAAGGAAUGCUCAAGGUUUGUUCCACUUUAGCUUUGUGA